AAGAACGAUGAGUGCGUGCGCGUGAUGGUCCGCAUCCGGCCCAUGAGCGGCAAGGAGGUGCAGGACGGGCGGCAGGAGGUCACGACGGCCAACUUCGACCGCGCCGAGGUGUCCAUCAUCAACCCCGUGGCGGCGUCUUCCGAGCCGCCAAAGUCCUUCACGUUCGACGCGGCUUUCGGGGCGCAGUCCACACAGCAGCAGGUGUACGACACGGCGGCCACGGAGAUCGUCGAGGCCGUCAUGGAGGGCUACAACGGCACCAUCUUCGCCUACGGCCAGACGGGGGCAGGCAAGUCGCACACCAUGGAGGGCUACGGAGACCAGCCGGGCAUCAUCCCCAACUCGUUCAAGCACGUCUUCGACAAGGUGGCUAUCUCCAAGAACAAGCGGAUCCUGGUGCGCGCGUCGUAUCUGGAGAUCUACAACGAGGAGAUCCGCGACUUGUUGUCCAAGGACCCGAAGAACGCCCUGGAUCUCAAGGAGAACGCGGACUCGGGCGUGUACGUCAAAGGGUUGACGGCUCAAGUGGUGAAAGACGCUGCUGAGAUCGACCACGUCAUGCAGACGGGCAAGAAGAACCGCAGUGUCGGCGCCACGCUCAUGAACCAGACGUCGUCUCGCUCGCACUCCAUCUUCACCAUUGUGGUCGAGUGUCUGAGUGAAGGCUCUGCCGGUGGCGAUGGCAAGGACCACGUGUGUGUGGGCAAGCUCAACCUGGUCGACUUGGCCGGUAGCGAGCGUCAGUCCAAGACCGGAGCGACCGGAGACCGACUGCAGGAGGCCAACAAGAUCAAUCUGUCGCUUUCGGCGCUGGGUAACGUCAUCUCGGCGCUGGUGGACGGCAAGUCCAAGCACAUUCCGUACCGCGACUCGAAGCUCACGAGACUGCUCCAAGACUCGCUGGGUGGCAACACCAAGACGGUGAUGAUCGCGAACUGCGGCCCGGCCGACUACAACUACGAGGAAACGCUCACCACGCUGCGGUACGCCAGCCGCGCCAAGAACAUCAAGAACAAGCCCAAGAUCAACGAAGACCCCAAGGACGCCAUGAUCCGCGAGUUCCAAGAGGAGAUCGAGGCGCUGAAAGCCAAAUUGCUGGCUAUUGAGAAGCAGGCGAGCGAAGGUGUGAGCUCUAUUGAUGGUGGUGCAGGCGGAGCGGAGGGCAUCGAAGAAGCUCAGGCUAUCGCCGAGAAGGCUCAACGUGAGAAGGAAGAGAUGCUGCAGAAGACUCGCGACGAUCUUGCACUGGUAGCGAAGGACAAGGCUCAAGCUGAGCUCAACAAGCGUGAGCUUGAAUUGAAGUUAGAGCGUGAACGCCAGCAAGCCGAAGAGCUCGCGGCUCAGCAGAAAGUGUUGCUGGAUCGACUGGCAGCUACUCAGGCCAAGGUGCUUAUCGGAGGUGAGAUGAUGACUAAAGCGGCUCAGCAGGAGGACGAGUUACGACGCACAAAGCUGGAGUUGGAGGAGCGCAAGCGGCAGGAGCUCCAAUUGGCGCGCGAGUUGGCGGAGCAGGAAGAGAGCAACCUCAUGCGCGAGGAAAAGUACCAGUCGUUGCAGGAAGAGGCGGAAGCUAAGGCGCGCAAGCUCAAGAAGGUCUACACGAAGGUGAAGGAGGUGCUGGGGGACAUCAAGGCCAUGGAGAAGGCUCACAGUCGCGAGCGUGAAGAUCUACUGGACACGAUCCGACAGCUCACGGCUCAGUUGAAGUUGAAGUCGCUGGUGCUCGACUACUUCAUGCCUCCAGAGGCGGUUGUCUUGCUUGAAUCUCGUGCGCGCUGGAACGAUGAAGAGGACGACUUCACGCUGGACAGACUCGAGCUGGCAGGCAACACGUUGCGUCCACGACAGCGUCCACCGUCGGCUAGCAGCGUCCGCAGACCG